AUGGAGAUGUCCAUUGCUCUUCAUCCUCGUCGGUUAUUGUUUUUGAUUCAUUCGGAGUCAAGUCUUCUUCCUCCGUUUCUUCUUGUGAUUCAUAUUCUUUAUGCUGCUCAAUAUUUUCCUCGGGUAAUGGAGAUGUCCAUUGCUCUUCGUUUGUUGGAACUUCAUUUUCAUCAUGCUCCUCAAUAUUUUCAUCGAUAUUCUCUUCUGGUAAUUCUUCAUUUUCAUCUUCAAUAG